AUGGCGGGCGAAAAGGAUCACACUCGCAAGGCAGCCACGGCACUGAAGCACCAGAAGCGACUGGCGCGAGACGGACAAGAUGGCAAAGGUCGUGAUGGCAUGGUGAUGCUCGACCAAUCCCUUCGUCCUUCUGAUCCCGACUCGGUCAGCGCCAGAGGCUACGAUCCGCCUACUUCGAGGCCUUUGGAUCCUACACCGACCUCGAUGCGGGCGAAUGAGCUCAGCCAGAGCACGGCCAGCAGAGCCAGAAAGACUAGCAAGCCAAGAGCCUCCAAGGAGACUCCCCCGCCCGCGUCUCCUCGUCGCAAGUCAAGCGAUUUGAAGGCUUCCACCGGUUCACGCAAGUCCGAUCAUCCUGCCUAUCGAACUCGUCCGGGCGAGCAGCCAAAGACGACUCGCAAAGCAUCUGAUCAGUCAUCGACUACCCGUCGUUCGCAGAUGUUCCCCGAGAUGGACAAGCCCGUUCGCUCAAAGCGACAUUCGGGUAGUAGCUCUACGCGUCCGCCCAUCAUCCCUUCGAGCGUCGUCAAAGGUGGCAGUCCUCUCGAGCUGCCCUUCGAUGACCGCAAGUCUGCCUCGCCCGUCACAUCAUCUGUCGGCUUGCCCUCGCCCAUAUCAGGCGCCUCCCGAUUGCCUCCUGCCAGGGAGCUCGACGAAGAUGUCGUCAGCCGCUCAAAAUCCAAGUCUUCAACGAGGGCCAGCGCGAGCAAACGAGUAGACAAAGCAACCACUUCUCGGGCAGAACGACCUAGCUCGAGCGCGCGAGAUGAUAGAAGGUCACCUCGUCGACCUGUAGACUCAUUAGCACUCGACGAAGAUGACGAACCCAAUAGACUCGUGCUCGCUCAGAUUGAUUCUGGCGCGUCUUUGCCGGCCUCAAAGAAGCUCAAGCGCAAGCCUCCGCCUGCCUAUAUUCCCAGCCCAGCCAGAUCGGUCACGAGGGACUCGAAGCUCGAGAGCCCUUCCAAAAAACGAUCGUCGUUUGAGCAUAACGUGCAAAGUGCCGGCAGCUCUCGUAGACCGCCAGCAGAUGAACCGCCCGUGCCGCAGAUCCCAGUGGGUCUCGUCAACGGUUUCGGCACGAAUGGCAAAGCGCGCGCGCCCGAGCCCGACACAACAGACGAUGAGUUGGCAACUGCUGACGAGAUGGAGUCAUCAGAUCAUCAUGAUGAGGAAGAAGACGAAGCUGCAAUCUCGUCCGAGAGCGAAGUCGAUCCUGAGAGGACGCAGGCCACGGGUGCCAAGGCACAGGAGGGAUCGCUAAGCCCCGAUUCGAUCGCACAUACACCUAGUGCGGCUGUCAUCGCUGCGCCUUCACCAAUGACCGAUGGUGCUGAAAACGCGAGAACAGCACCAGCUGCAGCGCCAGCGAAGAAGCGUGGCUUUUUGUCGAGGAAGCAGCCAAGCUCGGAUCUUCCUCCACCUGUCAAGAAAACAGGAGGUCUCUUCUCAUUCAGGCGUAAGAGUGCAAAGCCAGUCGAUGCCCAGCCUGCCGCUGCCGCGCCGACCGUCGCUGCGCCCAUAGCAGCUGCUGCGGUGCCGGUACGAGCCGAUGCUGGAGCCGAUGAUGCUUCGGUCAGCUCGGCUUCGGUCAUCGAUAGCGCUCACGGAGCUUCAGACGAUGAGGAGGCGAUGAGCAACAGCGACAGCGAAGAAGAGACCGGCGAAGCAGACAAACCUGCCCUCGCCGCAGAAUCUGUAUCAGACCCAGUGACCUCACAGCCGGAAGACAAAGAAAUGUCUGCACCACCUACUGCCGAGCAACAUACUCAAGCGGCACCUCUUGGCCUGAUUGCGGGCGUCGGAGCCGCAGCAGGUGGUCUCAUUGGAUGGUUGGCCGGCUCGACAGCUCAGCAAAAGCCUGACCCUGCUGUCAUUCCGACCGACAAGCUUGAAGCCGCACAACAGACCGCCGCGAUGCCCGAGGCGAACACGGAUGUUGCGGAUGAAGCGGCUGUCGUGGCUGUUGACCGUAACCUUGCUGCGCCCGGCCUGAGCAACGCCGUCAUCUUGGACCGGCCCACUGCCGAUCGGCCCGAUGCUGUAAGCGGAUCUGCAUCAGUCGCUCAACCGAAGCCUGUGGUAGCGGACACCGCUUCUUCCAUCGCUUCGAGCGCAGCCUCGACCCACUCUGUCACGUCUUCAGCUGCUAGUGAGUCAGUAGCCUCCGGUGCGACACCUGCCGCGACACCUGUAGCAGCGGCUGUCGCAGCACCUGCCGCUGUCGCUGUAGCCACAGAGGAAGAGACACCGAAAGCAAAGAAGCGACGUAGUCUGCUGCCUUUUGGUCGCAAGCCAAAGGAAGCACAGAAUACUUCAGAACAGCCACCGAAUCCAGAGAAGCCGAAGGGUCCGAACAGACUGAGUCUCGCGCUCAAUGACGCGCUCACUAAGACGCUCUCAAGUAGCAUGUCCUUCGUCGACAAGCUAUCAGGCGUCGAACCAGAGAAUAUCGCACCAAAACCGACAGACUCGCGCAGGGUCAAAUUCUCGGAUCCGUCAGAGGCUGCUCGUCAGCAGGCCAUGCGCAAGAAGACGAGAAUUACGCCUAUGCUGGCAUCUCGGGUCGUCGUGCAGGAUCAAGAUAUCUUGAAGAUGCGGCACGACGGGCCGUUCUGGGAUCCUAACAGUCAGCUCCUUGACAAUGCGCCCCCUAUGUACGCGCCUCCAGGCGAGCCAUCAGUCGCACCCAGAAGAUCCGCCAUGAAGCGGCCUGCAGAGUCUCGGCAAGAUGCUGCAAUUCGCGCAGCUACUGCUGGCCUCGUCUUCAAUCUUCAUCAGCCUGCUCAGCACACCCAAGGGCAGCCAGUGGCGCUCAAAGAAGGCGUCAAUGGAAAUGCCAACGGCGACGUACCUUCCGACGUAAGCGAAAGUGACUAUUACGAAGGCGGGGAUGACGAGGUGGGCUCGGUGGCUACACACGAGCGUUUGCAUGAUGACGAGCCGAGCGAUGCUUACGAGUCAGAGCACGACGAGACAAUGCCCGCACACUCGGAGGCUCGCCCAAAUAGCAUUGAAUUCCCUCGGGCACAAUCGAACUUGCCACCUGCAAUCGCUGCAAUAUAA